AUAAACACCAUAUGGUCAGGGAGAAAGGGACCAGGAAAAGAUGAGGAAGGCUGCCGGAGCUGAUUAGGAGACAGAAUGGACUGACUGGAAACGGAGGGGCCAGAUGAAAGAGCCAUGUAAAAAAAGAAUUCGCCAACCCCUGUGACUGAAUUUGAGCGAUAAUGUCAAUGGAAUUAACACAUUGCCAUUGUUGAAUGGUCUCCUGUGGCUAUAUAAACAUCAAGGGUUCUUCAGGAAACCUGUCUGCAGAUGGCUCACAGUACCAGUGCCAAAAGGGGCUCCAGCCUUGCAAUAGCUGCAGCUUUGGCCAGCAGCAAAUAACGCCAGUGACAACGUCAGUAUUCAUCCUGUGCAGAUGGCAGAGUAUCCCUCAUAAAGAGUUGCCAAGAUGCUCCGGGACUGUGGCCUUCAUGUGCCAGCCACUUGCAGACUCGGAUCUUGCGAGCCAAAACCUCCUGUCAGCUGACACACGUAACUGUUCUCCUGCAGCUGAGAGCCCCAGUUGCCAGCCAGAGAUGGCAAGAUGAUCACCCCACCCGGGGAGAGCUCCCAGUUCAGAAGCCCCAGCCAUUGCUGCAGAUCCUUCCUCUCUUUGUCCCGUUGGACAUCAAAGGAUUGCAAGGGGACAGCCCUGGCGAGAAGCUCCUCCCUGCUCAUUAGCCUCCAUAAAACAGGAACUCACCUUGGCUAGCUGCGCCUGGAGUCCCAUCCUCAUCCCGGUCACUCUUGACACUGGAUCUCAGAAGGGAAGGGCUUUUGCUUGCUUCAGGAAAUCAGACCUGCUUUUGAACUGGACUAUUUUGGCUUCCCUUGUAAGAACUCUGGUGGUUGUCUCAGCCAGGCAAGCUCCUAGACUCCACGGUACAUGGAAAAAUGCAAGCUUUACCAGACGUGAAAGCGCCGUGUGAGGCCCUUCCUUCCCCCAGCCUGGAGCCCUACCCGCAGAGCUCCAUUGUGGUCACCCUGGAGGACAUGGGUCUCUGGAUGAAGUUUCAUCAGAUAGGAACUGAGAUGAUCAUCACCAAAUCUGGCAGACGAAUGUUUCCACAAUGCAAAAUCAAAGUCUCUGGCUUAAUCCCGUAUGCCAAGUACCUCAUGCUGGUAGAUUUUGUGCCAAUGGACAACUUCAGGUACAAGUGGAACAAAGAUCAGUGGGAAGUUGCUGGAAAAGCAGAGCCCCAGCUCCCUUGUCGCACCUACGUCCACCCAGAUUCCCCAGCUCCUGGCAGCCACUGGAUGAAGGAACCUGUCUCCUUCCAAAAACUGAAGCUCACCAACAACACUCUGGACCAACACGGGCAUAUCAUCCUCCACUCCAUGCACCGUUACAAGCCUCGCUUCCACAUUGUGCAGGCAGAUGACCUCUUCAGUGUCCGUUGGAGCAUCUUCCAAGUCUUCAGCUUCCCUGAGACUGUCUUCACUUCUGUUACUGCCUACCAGAAUGAGCAGAUUACAAAGCUCAAGAUCGACAACAAUCCGUUUGCUAAAGGUUUCCGCGAGCACGGGAAGAACACUCGAAGGGAAGGACGAGCCAAGUGCCAGAAGCCUAGUCCAGCCAAGGGCCAGAAGAGGAAACUGCCUGAGGAAAAGGAGUCCGGUGCUGAAGAACGUGAUUUUGAGAAGGAUGAGAAUGCAGAUGUGAAGGAAGAGAGUAACCCCAUCGUGGUCAGCAGCGGGUACCCCUUCUGGGUCUCGGAGCAGAACGGCAGCCAUGCCUUUCCUGCAGCGUCGCCUGUGCCAGCUGACCAGAGGGAGGGUCUGGCCAGAGAGCAGCAAGUGCCUACACCAUCCUACCAGACAUAUCGGUUCCACGAAGCCGGGGACAGCCAGCAGCUUCCCACCCGUGACGCCGUGGCCUUGAAUGAUUUCCGGGCAAGGUGCCACCCCUUGGAUCUUGCCACAGUGCCCGAGCACGACUCCAAACAGCUCCCAGAGGGCUUCACCAACCUGCCUCCACUCCCCCCGCCUCUGCCUCCUCCCCAGGACUACACAGGAGUGGUGAACAUGGCUCUAGACUCUGUCGGGAAACCCGGGGCCCGAGCACCCAUGUACAGUCCCUAUGGCACCGAGCAAGGCCUCGGCCAGUGGAUGGUGCCUUCCCACAGCCAGUACAGGGCGAUGAGCUACUCGGCCUUCUCCACAGAGUACAAUACACAGGGAGCUCCAGGACAUGCUCACGGGACCAUGGCAGAGUGGAGCCAGUACCCUCUGUUCCCAUACGCCUGCUGGUGAAUGGGGAAGACCCUUCCCAAUGAAAAGACUGAAAGAAAAUUGUAAAUGAGAUAAUAUUUGCUCUGGAGCGUUGAUCUUGUCUACACUAGGCAAAGAGGCAUUACUGCACGUGGUAGCAUGGGACACUUUCGCUUCCUUGUCUCCUUGCACAACAACCCUCAGUGCAUUUCACAAGCAAUGGCCAAACUGGUAACUGCCCCGGCCAUGUCAGUGUGGGUCUGGAUGAAUCAAUGUGUUCUGCAGUGUGUUUUUUUUUUCCCAGCAGGAGUAGGAAAGCACAGGAGCUGCGAGAGCAGUAUUUAAAGAGCUGCCAAACUCUCAGUCCCAGCCUGUUUGCAUCUCUCAACUGGGGGUUUCCAAAAUCCUUUUGUCCCAGGACUCAUUUGCAAGGAGAUGGGGGCUGAGGAGUUUCAGUAAGGCAUCCAGGUGGCCAAGAAGCUGUAGAGAAUUAUUGCAAAGAUGACUAAAACAAGCUAUCCCGGUACCGCCUUGAGCAGUUUCAUCACUUAGUGUAGUCAAACUAAAGCUAGAGUCUUGCCUUUCUUCCAGCAGCAUACAAGAGUAAAACACACAGCAACGCCUGUGUGUCUGGAGGGGGAAGAGUCUGUCCCGUGCAGGAAAAGCAGCAUCAAGGCUGAGUGUUGUGUCUGCGUGUCCCCCGUCCCCAUCCCUCUUCUGUCACCCCUAGAUUGGAGGUUAGUGAAACGCUUUUCUUUCUGCGGCUGGUGGAGGGAGGUUGUUCUCAGAAUGCGGGGGCUGCUCUGGGGGUUUCCAAAGGGCUGUGGUUGUCAGAAACAGGGCCACAAACAGCAGUGCUGGCCGUGUUACUUCGAGGAACUCUUUCAGUGUGAACUUCUUCCUUCUUCCACCCCCUGCCAGCCCUGAAGAAUGUAAUUUAUAGCUGUGGUAACCCUGCUACACUCUGAGCAAGCUUUGUCAAUAAACAGUUCCCACCAGCCUGGCAUUGCUCAUCAGGCAUAUACUUUAAUGAAUACCCUGUAGGCACGGAGUUACCUGCUGCAUUGCUGGUGAGCUCAGCACCUCCCAGGGUGUUUGGUGAAGUCAUCUUGCUGCUGUUUGGAAGUCCGUAGGGAUCUGCUGCCAUGUUUAGUUAUCUGAGCAGUGUCACCUCCCUUACCUCUGUGGUCCCAUCGUGGGAGGAGCUGUUUGGCCAGGCUGCACGCUGCCUUGCAAAGAUGAUUUAUCUUUAUCUUCACGUUAGAAGGGGGAAGCAUCCCUGUUUGUCCAAGGGACAGAAUGGCCCUGGCAACGGGGUCUUGUUUGAGACCUUUGCUUUGCUUCUCAGGGAGGAUAGAUGUGUUCCUAGGUGUUAUUUAGGAAAUGUUUUCUUGUAACACUGUGUUUAAACUGCUUUGUGGCCCGUAGCCAUCAGUAGGCAAUGAGGUGUGUCAUUUAGCACGUAUGCCAGAUGGUUUUCUCUGUGUGUGUGCACACGUGUGUAUGUGUAGCAAGAUGUUGUCUGUGAGCUGUGAGCAGAGCUGGGCGGGUUUGUGACCACCGGUGCAUCAGGCCUGGUGUGCAGGAACACCGGGAGCAGCUGUGCACUGGUCUGUUUGGGCACCAGGUUGGCACCCCACGUGUGCAUAGUGUAGAGGUGUCAAGCCAUCUUUAUUAUUGUUAAAAUGACUUUGAAAAGUAGCCCUGCAAAUUUAUGAAACUCCACUACAAUGACUACUUCCUUAUUUAAAUAGUAUAUUGCUAACUGCUUUUGUACCAUAAUUAUGAUAUGUAGAGAGCAGCCAAGUACUUCCCCUCAGCUUCAUAGGAUGGGUGUGAGACGUGCAGCGCUUAAAUAAAGGUCAGACUUCACCACAGUGGAUGUACAUAAUACCCCAUUAGCCUCCCAUUAGCAUAUACCCUGGCCAGUAGUUAUUUAUACCUGCUGUGCACGACACAUGUGAAUGCAAGUGACUCAGUAAAAAGACAUCUAGUUAGGGAAAAUAAUAUAGAGGAGAUUGUUUUUAACCCCAGAAUAUUGUGAUUUUCUACUGUCCAGAUUCCAGCUGCGUGAAGGCAGGUCAGCUGUAAAAGGCUGUCCUCUGUGGAUGAGAAAAAUAUUCUGUCUCUGACCAUUAGUAGCUGAUUUUGCCACCACUGUUUUCCACAUCUUGGAAGUGGGGUGAGAAGGCUGGCUAGGGAGUUUGGAGCCUUAAGCCCCACGUGCAGGGACUCUGGGAGAGGUACUUUCUGCAAGACUGACAUGCUGGUACCCGCCGUGAUCACUGCCAGUGCCGUGCUAACAAGGAAAUAGAAAGUAAUGCAUCCCCCCCACAGGCCACUUGGUUAUAUCUGUUUCUUUAGCUUUGAAGGUUGUUGUAUUUCCCUCUGUCACAGGGUGCUAAUGAGGAUGAAAAACGUGCUGUGGUGAGUAUGAGGAACUGAGGAGAGCUGGGCAGCGGAGGGAAACUCCUGUGCAAAUCUGGGUGUAAUGUCCUUUUUUUUCCAAACCAGAACAGCUUUGCAGGUGCUGCUGCCCCAUGGGCCUGUCGGUAGAGCUGGUUUGGCAGACAGCUCUGCACUGGGGUAAGACUCAGCCUUCUGCCUAGGACGAGCCAUUAAUUACUCAUCAGCCUUCUGUUGCAACAGGACUCCUUGCCCUUCUUCGGUGAUUCAUCCAGUUUAUUAGAAAAGUACCUUUCCUUUCCUCGCUCGCCUGUCUCUGGUUAGAGACUGCGGCUUGGCUGGUUUGUGAAGCCUUUGGAAAUUUUGCCCGUAGGUGUGUGCUUUGGACUCUGCUGCCGCCUCCUCCCUUUGCAGUUCCCACUGUCUUGUUUUCUUCAGCUGUGGCAUUUAAAAGUCUGUGUGAGCUCGACUGAAACGCUGUUUUUGCACGCAUGUGAGAUAAUGUAAUGCCUCUCUGACAGCUUCAAUAAAAGGAAAUGAGACAUGUGGAAGGCAGGCCAUUAAGAGCAAUAAAAUAAACUCUAAAGUGUGUUUUUUGUGCAUCUCUCUCGAGCACACCAGUGGCUCCACUUUAGUCAUGUUACCUGGGGCCAGUUUGUACAUGCAUGACACACGCUGUUGAUCUCAGCGUUCAUUGUUCUCCGCAGUGUAUUCAG